UCGCCCCCUUCCUCAUUCUGCAAUUUGCUUCCUUCGCCUCAAGCAUCCUACCAAGCUCUUCAUCGACCCACCACUACAAACCAUGGCUCGCUUCAUCUCACUCCUUUGCGCCGUGCUCGCCGCCACCGCCUCCGUCUCCUCCGCCUGGCCCACCUCCAAGGGCAGCGUCCGAUACAAAGAAGUCAAGGUCAUCAAGAAGGGCGAGACCUUCGACGGUGGCAUGAAGACCUACCAGCGCUCCGACAUCAAGUGCAGCGGUCAGUCUGAGGGCGGCUGGCGUGAUGCUGUCUUCAAGCUCGAGCCCGGUGCCAAGCUCAAGAACGUCAUCAUCGGACCCGACCAGCGCGAGGGUGUGCACUGCGACGACAACGACUGCACCGUCGAGAAUGUUUGGUGGGAGGAUGUCUGCGAAGACGCUCUGAGCAUCAAGGGCGGCAACAAGAACAGCAUCACCCAUGUGCUUGCAUGCGGCGCCAAGAACGCGGACGACAAGAUCAUCCAGCACAACGGCUACGGACACGUCAACAUCAACGGCUUCUACGCCGAGAACUUCGGCAAGCUCUACCGCUCGUGCGGCACGUGUGGCAACAUCAAGCGCACCGUGGCGCUCAACCACGUGUGGGGCUACAACCCCAAGGUGAGUCUCGUGACUGUCAACGCCAAUAACGGCGAUGUGGCCACCUUCACCGACGACAUCCACGUGCACACGAGCAAGGGCGCCAACGCCGUGUGCCAGACCACGUCGUCCACGAACGGCAAGGAGCCCAAGGUCACGAGCAAGGGUCCGUCCAAGAACUGCGUCUUCAACAAGAACAAGAUCGAGUUUUACUAAGCUGCAACUGCAUCUCUCGUAGCUCUAAGCGAUACUAAAUCGCAGUUGUUGCUGUUUAUUUCAGUAGCGUAAAUUCAUGUGAAGUAGGCGAUGAAAUCCGUCUACCCAACGAUCGUGAAUAGAAUUUGAUGUUAACUUUC